AUGGUUAAGUUUCUAUCUCUGAUGUCAGCUAUUCAAUGGAAGAAGUGGCUGUCAAAGGCGAUGGGAAGAGGAAGAAGACAUAAACUAGAUUGUUUGGUGGUGGCGCCGGAGAUUCCGUGGAAUCUCAUGAUCGAGAUUCUGACUAGAUUGCCUGCUAAAUCGCUGAUGAGGUUCAAGUGUGUGUCAAAGACAUGGUCACUUCUUAUCCGUUCUCGAUAUUUUAGCAACCUUUAUCUUACGGUCGCAUCCCCAAGGCGACCACCUUGUCUAUACAUGAGUUUGAUGAACCACUAUAUGUGUGAUUCCAUAGGGGUCUGCCAGAGCCCCCGUGAGUCUCAACUGCUAUCGUUAUCAUCAUCAACUAGUAAUAGUGCUGAAUCUUUUGACUUAGAUUUGACCAUGCAAGGGAUGGGAGGACACGAUAUGGUGGUUCUUCGUGGAUUGAUUUUGUACAUUGUUUGCGGAAAAGCGUGUAUCUAUAAUCCCACCACUAGACAAAGUGUAACCUUACCGGUCAGACCGGUCAUCAAAUUUUCCCAAAAAGUCAAAGGUUGUGAUGAGAGUAUCAUCUACUAUUUCGGACACGAUCCUGUUCUUGAUCAAUACAAAAUAUUAUGCAUUGUUAGUACGCUCUUAACAGGGAUAAAUCGUUUAACCUCGGAGCAUUGGGUCUACGUACUAGAAAGUGGAGGUUUUUGGAAAAGAAUUGGAUUUGAUUGUCAACCUCACAUUCCUACAAUAGGAAGACUAUGCAUCAAUGGAGUUAUAUAUUAUUUGGCUUACGCUAGUUUGUCUUGCUACGUCCUUGUCAGUUUUGAUGUUAGAUCUGAACAGUUCAAUAUGAUCCAAGUACCUAAGGAGUUGUCUGGAUUAAUACGAGAUAACCCAAUGGGCUUUAUAGAAUAUGGAGGAAAGCCAGCUAUUUUUGAUCAGACCUAUCUUAUACAGAUGGGCAAGGUGGACUUAUGGGUCUUAGAAGGUGGUGGAGCAUGGUCGACGAAGUCCCUGGUUUUGCAGCCUUGUGAGAUGCAUUUACUCAAUGAGAGCAUUAAAUUGUUGGUACGAGGUACAACUCAAAACGACGAGGUUAUAUUGGCACCUUGUAAGUUGUUUUCCAAUUAUUAUCUUCGAAAGAAUGAUUUGAGAAAGGUUAAUGUUGGACUAACAUCGGACCACUGGUUUGGUAAGCCGUACGCUGAUUAUAUUCUUUUUGAUAAGAAUGAAAGCAUCUUGCACUUGAAUAACAUCGGACCACUAGUUUGUGUUUUGCCUCAAUGUAGCAACUAUUUGUGUUUCAUACAAAAAAUUAAUCGUUAA